AUGCCCCUUCCCCAGGCGCCCAGCACCGGGUCUCCCCUGAUGGCUCAGGGCAGGGUCCUGCUGCUGACCGCCUGUGCCGCUGGCAUUGGAGGGACAUUUCAAUUUGGCUACAACCUGUCCAUCAUCAAUGCACCUACCGUGUACAUUCAGCAGUUCACCAAUGCCACCUGGAGGGCAAGGACUGGCCAGCCACUGCCUGACCACCUGGUCCUGCUCAUGUGGUCCCUCAUCGUGUCUCUGUACUCCCUGGGAGGCCUCUUGGGAGCACUGCUGGCAGGGCCCCUAGCCAUCAUGCUGGGGAGGAAAAAGUCCCUCCUGGUUAAUAACGUCUUCGUGGUGGCUGCAGUGUUCCUGUUUGGCUUCAGCCGCAAAGCCGGUUCCUUUGAGAUGAUUAUGCUGGGCAGGCUGCUGGUUGGAGUAAGCGCAGGUGUGAGCAUGAACAUCCAGCCCAUGUACCUGGGAGAGAGCGCGCCCAAGGAGUUCCGAGGCGCUGUUGCCAUGAGCUCGUCGAUUUUCACAGCCCUGGGAAUCGUGAUGGGACAGGUGGUCGGACUCAGUGAGCUCCUGGGGAGCCCAGAGUCCUGGCCCCUGCUCCUGUCUAGCUGUCUGGUUCCUGGGGUGCUCCAGCUGGCCUCCCUGCCCCUGCUCCCCGAGAGUCCUCGCUACCUCCUCAUCGACUGCGGGGACACUGACGCGUGCUUGGCAGCCCUGCAGCGGCUGCGAGGUGAUGGGGACGUGGCGACCGAAUUAGCUGAGCUGGCCGAGGAGCGCGCCGCCUGCCAGGGUGGCCAUGCAAGGCGCCCAUGGGAGCUGUUCCAGGACCCAGCACUGCGUAGACAGGUGGUGACCCUCCUGGUGCUAGGCAGCGCCAUGGAGCUCUGUGGGAAUGACUCGGUGUAUGCCUAUGCGUCCUCAGUGUUCCAGGAGGCCGGUGUCCCUGCCGAGAAGGUUCAGUACGCCAUCAUCGGGACUGGGAGCUGCGAGCUGUUGACUGCAGUUGUCAGUUGUGUAGUGAUUGAGAGAGUGGGCCGGCGGGUGCUGCUGAUGGGGGGCUACUUCCUGAUGACCUGUUGGGGGAGCAUCUUCACAGUGGCCCUGUGCCUGCAGAGCUCUUUCCCCUGGAUGCCCUACCUGGCUGUGUCCUGCAUCUUCGCCUUCAUCCUCAGCUUUGGCAUUGGCCCUGCUGGAGUGACAGGGAUCCUGGCCACUGAGCUAUUUGAUCAGACAGCCCGGCCAGCUGCCUACAUGGUGUGUGGGGCGCUCCUGUGGAUCAUGCUGUUCCUGGUGGGGCUCGGCUUCCCCUUCAUCAUGGAGGGCUUGUCCUGCUUCCUCUUUAUCCCUUUCCUCCUCAUCUGCAUCUGUGGGGCUGUCUACACUGCCUUCUUCCUUCCUGAGACCAAAGGCAAGACCUUUUUGGAGAUCUCUGAGGAGCUGCAUAGACUCAACUUCCCAGCCCACAGCCAGGGGCCCAGAUGGAAGGGCCCCGAGGUCAUCCAGGCCACAGAGCUCUAG